AUGGCUCCCAGAGACAAAAGCACCACCGCCGUAAAAACGAGCGGCGGCGGCGGAGGUGCGGCGGAAGGAAAGGAGGCGCACUUUCGCGGAGUGAGGAAGAGGCCAUGGGGGAGGUACGCCGCCGAGAUCAGGGAUCCCGGGAAGAAGAGCCGCGUGUGGCUGGGAACAUUCGACACGGCGGAGGAAGCCGCCCGCGCCUACGACGCCGCCGCCCGGGAGUUCCGCGGGGCCAAGGCCAAGACCAAUUUCCCUUUCCCCGGCGCCGAUUCGUUCAUUUCUCCCAUUCCCAUGAACAACAAGAAGGGUAUCGUCGUCGCGGCGAAUCAUUUCGCCGCCGCGUCGGCCAAGAGCAACAAUCGGAGCCCCAGCCAGAGCAGCACGGUGGAGUCGUCCAGCAGGGAAGCUCUGGCGCCGGUGAUGACGCCGAUGGACUCGUCGCCUCGUCUAGAUCUGAAUCUGGGGCCCAUGGGUGGCGGCAGCUCCGCCGUCGUCCGUUUCCCGUUUCAGCCGAUGGUGCCGCCGCAGGCGGCGGCUGCGAAUCACCAUCCGCAUCACGUGUUUUAUUACGAUGCGAUGAUGAAGAGUGCGCAGUACCAGCGGAUGAUGUUCGAUCACCAGCAACAGCAACAGCAAUAUCUCCAGCACCGCCCUCGCCCCCAGGCCAUGUUUAGCGGCGGAGCCGGAGGGGUCCAGAGCGAUUCAGAUUCGUCCUCCGUCGUCGAUUUGAACCAGACCAGCGAUCCGAACCCGACGUCGACGACGACGACGACGACCAGAUCUCUGGAUCUGGAUCUAAAUUUCCCUCCGCCGGCUGAGACCGCCUGA